AUGGUUUGGAAGAUAGUCAACUCUGAUUCCCCUAAAAAGAGGUCAGUCCCCCUUAAAGUCCAUGGCGAAGGUGUCACCAUCGAAUCAGGAGAUGUGGUGAUCUUCAAAGUCGAAGACGACAUUCAAUUCCCAGAGCUAGGUCUCGUGAUAGAUAUUGUUGAUGGUCUCAAACCUCAUCUCACAGUAUUGAUGUUUAACGAACGGGACGACAUGGACAUCGAUGUUGACGAUAACGAAUUGGUCCUCACGCCAGUCAAGGAACAUAUUAGCUUGAAAAGUAUUCGAAAAAAGGCCAAUUGUGAACAAUAUGUGUUUAAACGAGCCAGCGAUGAACAUGGUGAGAAAGUCACUGACCUUGAUUUCAACCAUUUCGUGGCCAUGGUCAAGGAAGACGCUACAGCAGCCCAUGAGUUCCUUAAGGAAUUGAUAUUUCCCACCAAAGUGCCGAGUUUAAGAAGAAGUCCUCGAAAAACAGCCCUGAACCGUGUGCCCAUUGUUGACGAUGGAGAGGAGGUUUCUUCCGAUGAUUAUGAAGACAUCCACUCCGAUAGCGAGUCAGGGGUGGAGGAUCUGAUGUUCUAUAGUGCUAAAUCCAGUCCUAAGCCGAAGAAAACCCCUAAAAGUACUAGAUCCAGUCCCACCAAAUCUAGUCCGACCAAAUCAAGUCCUACUAAACGGAAAGUCCCUUCAACUCCCACCAAAUCCAAACGGAUCAAACCAGAUACUCCGUUGGGUGGUGAUGAGAACUCUGAGUCCUUACAAUUCAUUCAAUCGUUGUUGGGGAAUAAAAGAAUCAGAAUUUCCAGCUCCUUGCCGGCCCCCAAUUUCACCGUACAAUCACCAAAACCCAAAAGAAAGGCUUCUAAGGAAGGUGAUUACCAAUUGUUGGACACAAAGUCACCAGCCUUCAAGGAUCUCAAGCAGAAACUUCAUACGGCCACCAAACUCUCCUCCUUACCUUGUAGAGAAGAUGAAUUCACCUCAUUGUAUCUCCAUAUAGAUAGUGCCAUUAGAGAACAAACUGGUUGUUGUUUGUACAUCAGUGGGACCCCAGGGAUUGGUAAGACUGCCACCAUCAGGGAAGUCAUGAACCAAUUGAAGGAACUCAACACUUUAGGAGAGAUCAAUGAUUUCCAGUAUGUUGAAAUCAACGCUUUAAAGCUUAUUUCCCCUAAUCAUGCCUACGACGAACUUUGGUCGAAGAUUUCGGGCCUUAACGUUAGUUCUUCCAACGCUGCGUUGUUCUUAGAGGCUUAUUUUAAGGAACAGUCGGAAUCCAAGAAACCUUUGGUGGUAAUGAUAGACGAAUUAGAUCAAAUAGCCACUAAAAAGCAAAAUGUUAUGUACAAUUUUUUCAAUUGGCCCACAUACCAACACUCCAAAUUGAUAGUUAUCGCCGUAGCUAACACCAUGGACUUACCAGAAAGAGUUUUACUGAACAAGAUUUCUUCCAGAUUGGGGUUGAAACGGUUACAAUUCAUUGGAUACACUUUUGAGCAAUUAGGGUCAAUUAUUGAACACAGGUUGGACAUGUUGACUCGAGAGAACAAGAGACUGGUGAUUGUGGAUAAAGACGCCAUAUCGUUUGCUUCCAGGAAGGUUUCCAGUGUUAGUGGGGAUGCUAGAAGAGCAUUACAGAUUUGUAGACGAGCAGUUGAAAUAGCUGAAGCAGAAUAUCAACUUCGUCAAGCUGAGACCAUAGACCCUGAGGAUUACAUAAAGGUGGAAAUUCCCCAUAUUUCUAAAGCCAUCAAUGAAACCAUUAACUCCCCUGUUGCUCAAUACAUCGCCAGUUUAUCCUAUGGAUCGAAAUUGAUCUUGGUGGCACUUUUACUUCGAACCAGAAGAUCGGGACUUUCCGAGAACUCCUUGGGGGAUAUCAUCGACGAGAUGAAGAAUAUCGUGUCGUUGGUUUCACCAUCAGGCGAAUCGGAACUUCUAGGUCAUUAUGAUAUUAAGAUAUCUCAAGGUAUGAGGAUCAAUGAAUUCCGAUAUCUUUUCCUUGAAUUGGUAGAAAACGGGAUUUUGAACUCUCAGAACAUUAAGAGUGAACGGUAUAAGCUUGUUUCUUUGAACGUUUCAACAGAAGAAGUCAUGGCGACCCUUCGAAGAGAUAAGCAAGUUUCCCAUCUUUUAUAA